GGUUGGGAUUCGGAAAAUUUCCUUCUGUGCAGCUCCAUAAACAAGACUAAUAAGGUGACAUGGCCUGACGAGCGGAGGAACGUUUUGUGAGCACUUCGAGCUGCGGAUUUGUUCUCUUUUUUCGAGUUUCCGAAUCAACGACCAAUUAACGGUAAAGAAAACCCAAAUGGGCGAUAAGAACCGCAAGAGAGGACGAAAACCUAAAAAUUCCGAUGCAUCCACCACCGCCGUUCCGCAAACCCUAGAUACCACCGCGACCGACGACGUCGUUGUAGACCCCGCCUCUGACAACGACCGCCGGCCGCGCCUCAGGGGCCGCCCUAAGAAGCAUUCCAAGCUCUCUCCCGACAAGCCCGAGAAGCGUUCCAUCUCCUCCAGUGGUCCUGCCGUUGAGAAUGGGAGCGUGGAGUUAGCCCUGGUUUCUGGAAACGGUGUUACUUUAGGGUUUUCUGGGGAUGGGGUGCCCGGGGGAGCUGUGGAGAGGGUGGUGCCGGCAAUGGACGCGGUGGUGAAGGUGUUCUGCACGCACACGGAGCCUAAUUUCUCGUUGCCUUGGCAGAGGAAGAGGCAGUACAGCUCCAGCAGUAGUGGCUUCGUUAUUGGUGGAAGGAGGGUCUUGACGAAUGCUCACUCUGUAGAGCAUUAUACUCAAGUCAAGCUUAAAAAACGUGGUUCAGAUACUAAAUACCUUGCUACCGUGCUGGCUAUUGGUACCGAGUGUGAUAUAGCCAUGCUUACUGUUAAUGAUGAUGAGUUUUGGGAAGGGAUCUCACCUGUGGAUUUUGGAGAAUUGCCUGCACUUCAAGAUGCUGUGACUGUUGUAGGUUACCCAAUCGGGGGAGACACAAUUUCCGUGACAAGUGGUGUUGUAUCACGGAUAGAAAUCCUGUCAUAUGUUCAUGGAUCCACUGAGCUUCUGGGUCUGCAGAUAGAUGCUGCCAUUAACUCAGGAAAUUCUGGUGGGCCUGCCUUCAAUGAUAAAGGCAAAUGUGUCGGUAUUGCAUUUCAGUCACUUAAACAUGAAGACGCAGAGAAUAUAGGGUAUGUCAUACCAACACCAGUCAUCAUGCACUUCAUCUUAGACUAUGAGAAAAAUCGCGCAUAUACAGGAUUCCCUAUUCUUGGGGUUGAGUGGCAGAAAAUGGAAAAUCCUGAUCUCCGUACGGCAAUGGGUAUGAAGUCUCAUCAGAAGGGUGUCCGCAUUAGAAGAAUCGAUCCCACUGCCCCGGAAUCUGAGGUUUUGAAGCCAUCAGAUAUUAUUCUCAGCUUUGAUGCUGUUGAUAUUGCAAAUGAUGGAACAGUACCUUUUCGCCAUGGAGAACGCAUAGGUUUCAGCUACCUUGUCUCUCAAAAAUAUACUGGGGAUAAUGCAGCAAUUAAGGUUCUUCGUGAAAAUGAGAUCCUAAGCUUCAACAUCAAACUUUCAUCUCAUAGAAAGCUCAUUCCAUCACACAACAAGGGGAAACAUCCCUCAUAUUAUAUCAUUGCUGGAUUUGUGUUUACAUCUGUAUCUGUUCCAUAUCUCCGUUCAGAGUACGGGAAAGAAUAUGAAUAUGAAGCUCCUGUCAAGCUUUUGGACAAGCUUAUGCAUUCCAUGCCACAAUCUCCAGAUGAGCAGCUUGUUGUGGUUUCUCAGGUGCUUGUCGCAGAUAUUAAUAUUGGGUAUGAGGAAAUUGUGAACACACAGGUUCUUGCGUUUAAUGGUAAGCCGGUGAAGAAUCUGAAGAGCUUGGCCACCAUGGUGGAGAACUGUGAUGAUGAGUUUCUGAAGUUUGAUCUAGACUAUCACCAGAUAGUGGUUCUGCGGACAAAGACUGCCAAGGCAGCUACUGUAGAUAUUCUUACAACUCAUUGCAUACCAUCUCCUAUGUCGGAUGAUCUUAAACCAGGAAUUUAGGUUUAGUAUAUAUAGCAAUACUUAGUCAUAAACCUGCGUAUAAUCCCCAUUUUGUUUUAUAGAUAUGGAUUGUUAUUUUAUAAGUUACCCCGGUGACUUGCUACAUUAAUUGUUUUCUAGGUUCUUGCCUCCCUAGAUGGCACUGGGAUAUCGAUUGUUUUUUUUUUUUUUGCCCUUUCUAAAAUGGUGUAAACUUGACUUCAAUUUUCAAUCUCAAGAGAGGGGGGCAGCUUUAAAUCCUCA